CUGCCACCUCGUAUGACGCUCACCGGCAGGAUUUCGGCGGAGUAGGCGGGCCAGUUGGGCCACGGGGCGCGGGAGGAGCGGCCGGCGUCGGGUGUGACAGCGGACGACGGACAGUGUGCGUGUCUGUGUAGGAGACUGGGGUGUGGGAGUGUCCUACCGGGCAACGAGCAGAGAGGUCACCUGUGGUUGUAGGACGGGAUAACUACCGAUCGACUGAGCUCGGCACAGUGUGGUUCAGGCUGCCCGAGGUCGGAACAGGUCACUCGGGAUCAGCACAGGUCAUCUGAAGUAAACUGAGGUGAACUGAGGUUGCUGGAGGUCAUGUGAAGCUGUUACAGAUCAUUAUCGCCCCAAAAGGUGUUACAGAUCAGCUGUUACAGCUGGUCUGAAAAGUCAAGCUCCUCUAGAAGUAUCUGUCUGACGUCACCUGAAGACAUUUGAUAUCAGACCACUGUAAGAUGAAGCCAUAUCAGGUGACCAGGGAACUGAGGUCACACGAAGACCUCUGAAGUCGAUCGAGGUCGUCUGAGGUGACCUGAAGGAUCACCUGGAGGUGUAGCGUGUCAUCUGAGGCCACGAAAAGGCAAACGGGCAAACAGAGGACGUCUAAGGUCAGCCUCAUUCAGCUGUUGUGCUCAGCAGAUCCGAACUUCUGAGAAUUCCCUGUGAACACCAGGUCUCUGAGGCUCCCUGAGCUGCUGAAGUUCGACUGACCUGCUGGGGUCAGCUGGGGUCGGCUGCAGAGUGUCAGUGUCAGUCAGUGUGUCAGCCGGCGUACUGUUCCUGAUGGCUGCCGCGCUCGGCUCGGUGCUCGCCGUCCACCUGGCUGUCCACCUGGCUGUCCACCUGCCGUCCACGGCCGGCUACAAUGUGGAUGUAGACGGCUGGGUGGCGUACCGCGGCCCGGUCGGCUCCCUGUUCGGGUUCAGCGUGGCAGGAUACACAGACAGCAACAAUAGCUGGGUGAUCGUGGGCGCGCCCAGGGCCAACACCUCCCAGCCAGGAGUGGUGCAGGGAGGAGCCGUGUUCAGGUGUGCCGCCGACCCGCCCGCCACCGGCGGCUCCCCACUCCGGACCUGCCAACAGCUGCCGUUCGACGAAAAAGGCAACAAUGCGGUCUCAGGCCGACAAAUCGUGGACAAGUCGGGCCAGUGGUUCGGAGCUCUGGUGGCCACUUCACCGGGAGUCAACAACUCGGGAGUGGUCGUGGCGUGUGCGCCCCGGUAUCUGUGGUACACUAGCAACCGGAAACGACGCGACCCUGUGGGCACCUGUUUCGUCGCCAAGAACGGCUUCACAGAGAUCGACGAGUACUCGCCCUGUCGAACAGAGUCGUGGGGCUACCACCGACAGGGGUACUGCCAAGCCGGAUUCGGCGCCAGCAUCAACAAGGCCGGGGACAGACUGUUCAUUGGUGCUGUCGGCAGCUGGUACUGGCAAGGACGGCUGUUCACGCAGCACCUGUACAGUCGCUCGGACCAGGCGGGCACCUCUGAGGCACCCAGCACCGAGGACGACAGCUACCUGGGCUACUCGGUGGCCGUCGGGGAGUUCACGGGGGACCAGGACCAGGACGUCGCCGUCGGCAUGCCCAGGGGAAACAACCUCACCGGAAAGGUGCUGAUGUUCACCCGCUCGCUGCGUCGCCUGCACACGAUCCGCGGCACCCAGAUCGGCGCCUACUUCGGCUACAGCGUCUGCGUGGCCGACCUGAACGGGGACGGCCGAGACGACGUGGUCGUGGGCGCUCCGUUCCACACCGACUACGGGGCUACCGAGGGCAAAUACGAGACCGGACGGGUGGUGGUCGCCUAUCAGGCAGUCGACCACAGUUUCGCAAGCGUCCACUCUCUGAACGGUCGGGUGUCCAAGGGACGGUUCGGUCUGGCGCUCACCUCCCUGGGGGACAUUGACCUGGAUGGAUACGACGAUUUUGCUGUCGGCGCUCCCCACGACGGAACCGGUGAACAGGGAGCCGUCUUCAUCUUCCAUGGAACCAAAAAGGGCGUCAACCAGGAGCCAGCCCAGGUGAUCACGGCGUCCUCGCUGGGCCAGAGCCUGCGUUCGUUCGGGCACUCUCUGCACGGGGGCAGAGAUCUGGACGGCAAUCAGUACCCGGACCUGGUGGUGGGGGCCCACGAUUCUAGCUCGGCCGUCUACUUCAGGUCUCGGCCCGUGGUGCACGUCCGUGCCUCGGUGAGCUACCAGACCGGAGCGGACAAGCUGGUCGACCUGGCCGACCCUGCCGCCCAGUGCCUUCUGAAUGACGGCCGUCAGGUGCCCUGCGUCUCCGUCAUGUUCUGCUUGACAUAUGACGGUGUCGGGGUGGACAGACGAGCAGAGUUCGAGGUUGAGCUCCGCCUGGACGCGCGCCGUCCCAAGAGUCCACGUCUGUUCUUCCGCGAUCACAUGGGCACGUCUCGGCUGAACGUCACGGCUCGCGCCGACAGAGAGGAACGCUGGUGCCACGAGAGAUAUGUCUAUGUCGAGGACACAAUUCGUGACAAGCUGACCCCUCUGGUGACCGAGGCUCACUACAGCCUGGUGUACCGAAAGCCGGCCAGUCAGCAGGGUCCCCUGCAGCCGGUGUUGAAUCUGGACCGGCCGCCGAUGGCCUCCGAUAGCGUGUCGAUACAGAAAAACUGCGGAGGGGACGACGUCUGCGUGCCAGAUCUGCGGCUGGACGUCACACCGAGUCACAACGUCUACCUGCUCGGCUCCUCGGAUAAGCUGACUCUGCGCGUUACCGUUCUCAACAAAAAGGAGGACGCAUUUGAGACCAUGUUCUACAUCAGCUUACCAAUCGGAGUGGAUUACGUGGGCACGGAGUCGGUCAACGCCACCAAGUCGUCCUUCCAGGUGCUCUGUUCACACCCGCGCGAGUCAGCAGACGACGAGCCUGAGCAGCUCUCCUGCGACCUCGGCAACCCACUCACGAUGGCCUCAAAGGUGGAGUUUUUGGUGCAUCUGAUGCCGCGCAGCACGUCCCAGGACCUGCAGCGGGACUACCUGUUCACCAUGAACGUCAACAGCACCAACGCCGAGAGCCGCAGCACCCGCACCGAUAAUGACGUCACACUGACGCUGCCCCUACGCAUCCACACGGAGCUGGUCGUGCUCGGUAUCUCCCAGCCGGAGACGGUGCACUACAACGUCAGCCGGUACUCGAUCGAGCAGAAACUGCACGAGCAGGACGUCGGUCCCGAGCUGUACCACGUCUAUGAGAUCAGCAACGGCGGCCCAUCAGAGAUCGUCGCCGCAGAGGCCUACAUACUGUGGCCAACGUAUACACUGCCGGAGGAUAAACACCUGUUGUACCUGCUUGAAGAACCUCUGGUGGACGGUCCUGGCACGUGUGAGCCGGUGCCUGGCCUGAACCCGCUUCAGCUGGAGCUAUUGGACCGCUCAGAGCGGACUUUUCCCAGCGCUGCGCUGAUGGCGCCCUCUCUGCUGCGCGCUCGGCGGAGCACCGAGGCAGAGUUCCAGGGGGCGCUCGGGUGCGGACCGACCACCUGCACCAAAAUCUACUGCCGGAUCGGGCGGCUCGAGAACCAACAGAAUGUCAUCAUCCGGGUCAGAGCCCGGCUGUGGGUCGAUACUGUGGAGGAGGAGAGGACGGGCAGUGUGAAGGACAUAACGAUUUCCUCCAAACUGGUGGCACGAGUAACCGGUUUACCUCAUCAAGUGGACCCGUCAUAUAUGAACUACACUUCGUUUACGGUGACCAGCCGGGUGCGCUCCGAGCGGCUCGACUCGGUCCCUAUACCCUGGUGGGUGAUCGUUCUCGCCUCCUGCGGAGGCGUGCUCAUCCUGGUCGUACUGAUCCUCAUUCUCUACAAGCUGGGAUUCUUCAAGCGGAAGCGUCGGCCGGGCCCGGCGGACGGCGGCGGCGCCGGCCACGCGGCUGGCAACGGCAACACCAGUCCCAGCUACCACGCCUACCAGAAGGUGCCCUACAAUCCGGCCGCCGACGAGCGGUUGUGACCGGUGCCUGCAGUGUCACAGGCGGAGUCACAGACGGCAAACGUGCCGGUCUGAACUGUGACCGGUCUGGACUGCCCGCAGCGCGUGGACUGCGGAAACCACAGGUGGCAGCCGGGCCGACCUGUGACCAGCACUGUGAGAGCCCAACAGCUGGGGCCGGGUGCACUAUGACUGGUCUGCACUGUGAGCUGCGCUCGAACUGUGACUAUCACGGCAGACGGCGCCUAGAAUCUCAGCGAAACAGUGUUACUGGCCAGGAGUGAGGACUGAGGAGCUUUACGUGGACGUGGAACUGCGGCCAGUCGUGUGCGUCUUCUCCCGGCUCUGUGAUGUCUCAGCCGCCGUUCGCUCGAGCCAGCGGUGGUGUCCCGUGAAUACAGACUCUGAGAAGUGAGACGCGAAGUGAGAUAGUGGUGGUGAGCGGUGAUGAGUUGUGCGUCAGCUGCAGUGGCUCCGUGAGACGAACUCACUCGGGUGGGUGAGCUACGUAAGUGAGCAGUGGUGAGCCGGUCAAAGUGAGCAGUGGUGAGUGGGUCAGAGUCCGGCCAUGUUCCAGAGGCGACCACCGUCCGUUCGCUGGUGGCCAACUGACAGAGUUUGCGGUGGUUUCUGGGCACGAACUAAACCGCCGCCACCGCCAGCCGGCCAUUUUUCGUCCAGCGCUGCUCCACUUGCCACAUGGC